AGGGGGAGGUGGAGCACGUAGGCGUGCACACCGAUUUUGUGAAGGACCUGGUCAAGGAACGUGCGGAUAGGAGGAUCGUGGAGAGAUGGGACUCGGAGACGGGUGCCAGGCACACGAAAUCCCUCCUAGGGGAACCCACUAGGAAGAUGGCAGAGACCCUGUUGGGCCUAAACAGGGUUAAGCUCCGUACUAUAGUGGGGCUUAUCACUGGACACUGGCCCCUGGCUCUGUACUUAUCAAGGAUAGGCAAGGGGAUAGACCCCCUAUGCAAAAGAUGCGGGUUGACAGAGGAGGAUCCUCUUCACCUAUGCACAAGAUGCAGCGGACUCGAUGAAGCCAGAUGGAAUGUCUUCGGGUCUACUUGCGUAGAUAUACGUGUCGACAGGGACGGGAUCAAGGGGCUCUAUGAGUUAGCUCGUAGGGCACAGAUACUCGAUACCAGCGACUAGACGGCUGCCUGAGGGCAGGGUGUAAAAUGGCCGAGAGGCUGAUUGCACCUCCGGACAGGACCGUCUAAAUAUGAUAAGUGAUAAGUGAUAAGUGAUCCACGCUACACGGCAAGAUUUUUUUGAGUAUCAACUUUGAAAGAAAAAUCAACAUUUCUCGUUGUUGAUUUUUACCGACGUGUCAAUCGAUGUGAGAAAUCUAUGGGCAUAGUACAUCGCGAUUGGGCUCAAUAUAACAAUGAGGAAGACGAGUGGAAAGUUUUUUAUGCACCUCCCAGAGACUAUAAUAUUCUCGAAGAUCAUGUGAAGGAAGGACGAGAGCCGAAACCUUACUGGAGAUUGUACCGUUGCAAGAGUAUCAAGCAAGCAGCCACCUAUGAGCAAGCAGUUAGAAGACUUGACAGAGCUGUCGAAAAAGCUAGUAGCGAUAUCGAAAGCAGUCCAAUUGAAGCUGGAAGUGGGAUUGGUGGAGAGCCAGAAGAUGGUCAUAUCUUUCCUAAUGUUAUCGUUCUGGGUAAUGAUGAAUUGGAGCGGGAACUUGAUUUCAUUGCAGUGAACUCUGAUGCUCACCAAGAGUAUGGAUGCAGAAAUAAACGAAGGAACACGGAAGAAAGAAAUGACCUUGUAGCCAGGAAAAAAUCAAAGAAUGCAGAAGAUAUGGACAGCUUCCGAACUCCGCCCCUCAAUGGCAAGCAGAGCACUGAAGAACAACGAUCAACUUCCUCAUCGAUAUCACCCUCCGAAGAGUCACCAUCACGAUCAUCUCCAGGAGCCAUGUAUGGAGCCUCCAUACACGACAAACGUGAUCGUAUCCUCUUCGAUGCACUUUUCAAGGCAUUGGAAAGUUUUAAGCGCAGCUCGAUGUAUGAUUUCCAAAAAAAAUUCACACAACUCACUAAUCACCUCAAUACAUCAAUGCAAAGAUUCUGUAUAUCUACCACAGAGGCUAUGGAAACGUUGGCUAUCACUUUGCCCUUCAAUACAGUGGAAGAGCUCAACGCAUUCGACGAAAUCCUCAGAGACAGUUCCGAAAAGAAGAAAAUCUUGCAAUCAGUGAUGGCAACCAGAUGUACGGGAUCAACGAGUCUGAAGGAAAGUUUCACGGCGACUCUAUCCGGCCUUCUAUCGAAAAAAUUACAACUGGAGGAUUCGGCUUGUGGAAAAGAAACUCGUGGCCACAAAAAGCUUUCUUUCAAAGAUACAUCCAUAUAUGGAUGUUUAGAAGCGGUCCUUAUCGAGAGACAUAGUGUUUCAGCCACUUUAAUCAUCUCAAAAAUGAGUAGAUGGUUCACAGGAGCUAUUGAUCGCUCAGGAAACGGAAGACGGCGUACAGCACCACGUCCCAGGCAAUAAAAUCAUCACUCAUAGCCAUAUAAGUCCUUGAUAUGCUUAAGCUUGAUAUGCAUUCGGAUGGCGAACCAUCAUUAUUAAUUGUUGAAUUUUGGGGUUUUCCCAGAGACAAAAUUCACUCGUCCCAGAGUUUUUAUAUUUAUUAGUUAAUUAUCGUCAGAGCCUUUUAGUUUGGAAUUUUUAUUGCUGCACUUUGCAAAAGGGGAUUUUCCCAAAAACCAUGUGGUGACCAGAUCUGGUCAAAGUGGAAUCCCUUAAUGGAGAUUCAGGGGGUGCAAAGUUUAUUGCCUUCUACAAGUAGAUGUGAAUCGGGGCCUGAUGCUUAGUUUAGUUUUCAGUCUCUUCUAAGAGUUCAUACACUGUACAGUGUCCUCUUGACAACUAGAGUCCAAACAAUUUAU